AUGAGACAGAAAAGUAGACAGAAACAGAGAGAGACUGAGACAGAGACAAAAUUUCAUAACUGCUGAUUACCUUUGCAGAAUGAAGAGAGAAGAGAAACCAGGGAAAAGAAAGGAGAUGGAUAAGAGAGACACACAGAAAGACAGAGAUACAUAAAGAUAGUAGAGAGGGUCAAAGAGAGACAGAGUCAGAGAGAUACACAGAGAGAAACUCUGGGCAUUUGGAACUUCAGCUCUAAUAAGCCAGUGGGAGAGGGCUUCCCAGGCUUCACAGCUGUUGGGGGAGACUUUCUGCCUUGGGUACCGCUGGGAGGAAUUCCCUUUUUAAUUCAUCUGUACGAAGGAAGCAGUCUGAGCCUUGGAGGGGGGUUGCUGAGGUGCUUUCCUCAGCAGGGCAGCCAACCUUCCCCCAAGGCAAGGGGCUCCCUAUCAGCCUGAUCUCCAGCCAGUCCCUGCCUCCCUAGGGUGGAGCAUGAGCCCAAGGCUAAACACUGCACAGGUGUAUAAGUAGUGGGGCCUGGGUCCAGCUGCUGCACCUGUUCCAGGAACAGCCUCGCCCAGGUGCACCGUAGCUCAGGAGGGGCCACCGGUCCCCAGAAGUCAGACCAUGAGCUCCUUCGAUCUCCAGGCGCACUCCCCACCUCGCUGCAGCCCUCAAUUCCCCAACAUUGGCCAGGAGCCCCCCGAGAUGAACAUCUAUUAUGAGAACUUCUUCCACCCACAGAACAUGCCCAGUCCUCAGCGUCCCUCAGGCUAUGAUAACAGUGGGGACUAUGGGGCCACACCAAAUCCCUACCUCUGGCUGAAUGGGCCUGCUAUCACCCCUCCGCCCUACCUCCCAGGUUCCAACCCCGGACCCUUUCUCCCCCAGUCCUAUGGCAUGCAGAGGCAGCUGCUGCCCAAUGGCCUUGGGGCUACCGACCUGGGUUGGCUACCCAUCCCUUCCCAGGAAGAGCUGAUGAAGUUGGUGCGUCCACCUUAUUCCUACUCAGCCCUCAUUGCCAUGGCCAUCCACGGGGCACCGGACAAGCGGCUGACACUCAGCCAGAUCUACCAAUAUGUGGCAGACAACUUCCCCUUCUACAAUAAGAGCAAGGCUGGCUGGCAGAACUCCAUUCGGCACAACCUCUCUCUCAAUGACUGCUUUAAGAAAGUGCCCAGGGAUGAGGAUGAUCCAGGAAAAGGAAAUUACUGGACUUUGGAUCCAAACUGUGAGAAGAUGUUUGAUAAUGGAAAUUUCCGCAGAAAGCGAAAGAGGAAGUCCGAUGUCACGUCCAGCACGAGUUCCUUGGCUUCAGAGAAAUCUGAGGACAGUCUCCUGUCUGGCAGCCCCAAGACCACGGACGCCCAGGACAUGUUAGACAGUGCCUCUCCUGGUUCUGACAGCUCCCCAGGGAAGCGUUCUCCCUCUUCUCCAUCGGCCAACCCAUGUCUCACGGGCUUCCUGUCCACCAUGACAGCCUAUGUCAGUGGCUCCAACUCUACAGGCCGCUCAGGGGGGGCUCCUCCAGGACUCAACACUGAGAGCACUGAGAAGAUGGGUCAGAACUUCCUGAGUUUCAACUCCUUCUCCCCACUCCCCAAUAUUCCCAGCCAUGGAGGUGGGGGUGACUGGUCCAAUCCCAUUCCCUCCAACCACCUUGGCUACAGUGGCUCUGUCCUCAACCAAUUCAACACUCAUUUCUACAACAGCAUUAACACAAACAGCAUUCUCUACCCCAGGGAGGGAACCGAGGUUUAGAAGCAGGAACAAUGUCCUGGGUAAGGACAGGAAGGGUUGAAAAGAGAAAGAGGGCUCACUCAGUAGGUAGCUCUAUUCAUCCUGAGGUUUGAGACUUGGAAUCUGGUCCAGCAUUUUGUUGUUUUUUGUUUUGUUAGUUUUUUGAGGGGAAGGCAAUGUAAAGAUUUAAGUGACUUCUCCAGA